AUAGUUCGGUUUCAGAGAUUGUUCCGUGCGUGCACCUCUCUCUCGCAAGAACGGCAAUAGAGCUACGACGCCACACGCCUUGCUUUGACUGCACUUGCCAACCAGAAGUCUCUAGGCCCCCGAAGUGUUGCUACACGUUCUUAGUGUAUCCAUCAAAGAGUGUACAACCUGCGGUUGAACCGAAACUAACUACACUGCCUUCCAAAGUGCACGGUAUUCUGUGUUGUUGUUAGCUGCCAAACAGAAGGAAGUACAAGCACACCUUCCAUAGUACAAAUCCCGCGGAUCAUCCACGUCCCGAGUAAACCAAAAGCGAAACCAAAGCUGCCUGGUGCAAAGUGUUUUUGCUAGAACUCGAAACAGAAAGACCAGAACCCAAAACCCCAAACGUACAGCAGCAUCAUGUCGGCAUCACCGAUCGCACGUCAGGCCUGUGCCUCCAUCUCCCAGGCCAUCCCGUCCAAGCGAGUGCUCAUCCAUGACGCAUCCGAGCUGCCGGAUCUCUACUCUUCCACGCCCGGUGGCACCCUGUACUCGACCACACCCGGAGGUACUCGCAUCGUGUACGAGCGGGCCUUCCUGAUGAACCUGAAGAACUCUCCGCUGGCACGCACUCCGCCGAACAAUGUGCCGCUGAACCUGCUCCGAUCAGGCGGCGGAAGUCCCAACUCGAAACCGCUGACGACGCUGUCGGUGAAGCAGCAGAAACCUGCCCGGAACUCACCGCCAAAGUACGACGAGCAUCAGGAACAGUUCGAUAUGGAUCUGUAAGAUGGGUCCGGUUGCCUUCGCCUCUUGCUAUUGGCUGCUAACCAUCGGCUAGCAACCCCGGAAGAGGAUCUUCCCGCGGACCCGGUGGACAAAAACGGUCGAUCGCAAGGAGCACAGGGGAGGAUCGUCUCUCAAGCAAAGAGCACCGAGGACAGAGGAAGAGAGAGAAAGAGAGAGAGAGAGAGAGAGAGAGAGAGAGUGAGAGAGAGCGAGAGAGAGCGAGAGAGUGGAGCGGAAGAUAUUAUUAUUACUUUCCGUUUUAUGUUUUUAAUCUUUUUUUUGUGCGCAAAAAUUUCGUUUUUUCCUUUCUUGUUAACUUUGUUACACGCAUAUAAUGGCGGAGAACGCGCGUGUUUUUGAAGUAAUAUUAUUAGCAUCUCUGAAUAUUUGUGAGCACAGGGCCGAGGGCAGACAAGCGGGGGAAUGGCGGCGGCGGCGGCGGCGUUCGUCGGCGACGCCCUGACCCAACUUUCACUAUCCGACGCGCACGCUAACAACGGCACCCAGAGAGAGUAGGCAUCUCGAUAAAUCGUUGGAUGUAGACUUUAUAAGUUUAUCGUUCCUUCGGUAGUAAGAUUAGCGUUCUAUUGUGUUUUAAAACACUUGUGUGUGGGUGUGCACACAUACACACACACACACACACACCAGUAGUCACGUAAGAAUCACGACACACGCAAAAGGAACCGUGUUUUUCUAUUAGUAUGACAUUUGUUCGGUUCACAUCACCAGCAAGGCGCAGGAGUAGAUCAAUCGAUCGAUCCGUCGGCUAGAGUUUGUCACGAAUUUUAGGUAUCGCGCUUCUACAAAGUCGAUACACUAAGGGUUCAUCUCACGCUUUGGACCCAUCUCUUCUUUUUGCUAUCUCUAGUUCUCGUGUGCCAGAAAACUUGGCUAACACACGCACCACACGGUGUGUCUUCCCCUUUAACAAAACUAGCAAAGCGAUGAGCAUAGCUCAUGCAAUAUACUUCCUAAAGUCGACAAAAGAGGGAGCCACAAGGAGCGCAGCAGUGUAGUACAAGCUUGAUGGCACAAGCAAACAGGACCGAAAGUUUAGCGAGAGAGGGUGUGAUUUUUGUUUUGUUUUUGUCUGUUUAGAAGAAAACCCUCCCCUACUGGUGAUUUGUGAUAAUUGUGAAAGAUUUCAUUGACUGCAUCCAAACCCGAUCGGACGAACCUCUAGCUCCACGCGAGAGUGUGAGUUCUACGGGAAGAAAAGGAAUCUUUCAUAGUUUUGUAUUGUUUAAGCCAAGAGGUAUAAUUUUAUCGCAUGUAAGAAUUUAUGAAAAAAUCAUCAAAAGAAUGAAGAAUGAUAUAAACAACAAAAAAAGAUUUAAAAGUGAA